GCCUGAACCUACGAUCGUAAUGUUAGGAAACAGGCCUUCGAAUUUUGUCUAUAAGUGGAAAGGAGGGGUUUGAGGUCAUUGGAAGUGUUAGGUGAUUUAUAGUGAGAAAUAUAAAAUUUUCAUUUAGCAGAUGGCAUUAAAACGGAUUAAUAAGGAGCUACAAGACCUUGGUCGUGAUCCCCCAGCUCAGUGCUCAGCAGGUCCUGUUGGAGAUGACUUAUUUCACUGGCAAGCCACUAUCAUGGGACCACCUGAUAGCCCCUAUCAAGGUGGAGUUUUUUUCCUGACUAUACAUUUCCCCACUGAUUACCCCUUUAAACCACCAAAGGUUGCUUUCACAACAAGAAUCUAUCACCCAAAUAUCAAUAGUAAUGGAAGUAUCUGUUUAGAUAUUCUUCGUUCACAGUGGUCACCAGCACUUACAAUAUCGAAAGUGUUAUUGUCUAUCUGCUCCUUGUUGUGUGAUCCAAACCCAGAUGAUCCUCUGGUGCCAGAAAUCGCCAAGAUUUACAAGACCGAUCGAGAGAAGUAUAAUGAACUUGCACGAGAAUGGACCAGAAAAUAUGCUAUGUGACAUAGUGGUGGAUAAUUAGUAUUUCUUUGUUAUAUAUAUGUUUGUUUUCUAAUUAGAGGGGGGAGAAGGGUUAUAAGUUUAUUUACUUCCUAUCAACGGGCAUGAAAUCCAAAAUGUAAAUGUUUCAAUUUUAUUUCAGAAUUGCAUUAUUCAGAAGUUAAAAUAAUUAAAAUAACUGUUCAUGAAAUUGGAUUAUCAUUAUUUAUUGCAUAAAUAUUUUGUUAAUUCAAGCUGGCUGUCCAUCAUAUUACUAAGGAAGUAGAGAUAUUCAGAACUAAAGGUCAAGCCAGCUGGAGUGUAGUUAAAGAACAAGUUCACCAGAGGUCAGAUUGUGCACAUGAUUGAAAUCAUUCAUGAUGUAAUAAACAAUGUACAUUUUUUUUUUUAUUUUGUGUUGGUGUGUAAAUAAAUCUUUUUACAUUCAUGAAGAGUGACCUUUCAGAGUUUUUUACAAAUAUAUUACAUGUUGUAUUCCUUGUAAAGUUGUAAUUAUUACACACACUGGUAGUUUGAGAUAGUACCUUUUUUUUUUAACUCUUUAUGUUAAA